CUUAAAUAGUCAUAUCGAUGAAUGAUACCGUUAAUCUAUAAUAAUUAUCUACAGUAUUUGUAUCUUUCAAAAUAUUUUCUAAAAUGUCAUUGGCAUGAUUGUUUAUCCACCAUUUUGUUUUGCUGUCGUCUUCAAAGUUUUUCCUGGUACCGUGGCCUAUUUUACAAUGGGAACAUUCCUAAUAUAGUCUCGGGACACGAAAUGCGACAUAUGAUACAUUAAUCGAUUCUUCUUGAAGAGUAGAUAAUGAAGUUCUAAAACUUUUUUUGGAAAAAUAUAUUUUUUUCUGUAAGAAACAAAAAAUUAAAAAGUUAACCUAUAUGUUCAUACGUAGUUACAAAGGAAAAAACUAAAUAUAAGAGACAGAUUCUAAUCUGAAUCAUUGAAAAAUUAUUUUAUAUGUGCGUUACCAAUCGCCUGUCAACGGUUAGAUAUUUAUCUAGCCUAACCAAUACUGAUGUUUCUUUUGUAUUUUAAAGAAUUUUGAUAAUCAUUUCAAAAAAUUACUUUUUGAUGGAUUUAAGUGGUUAUAUAUAUAAAAUGGAAAAAAUGAAGAGAAAGAAAUCAAUUGGAUUUCAACGACCUUGAAGAAAUUGAAGAAAAUUAAUUUAUGUUAGUGUAAAUGUCAAUCGAAAAAAUUAAACAAUUUAAUAUAUAAAAUGAUUGAUUAUGUUAACAUAAACUAAUUUUCUAUAAUUUAAAAAAAAAAAUUCAAAUCCAUUGAUGUAUAAUUCGAUCAAUGUUAUAUUGCUAUGCUAUUCCAAUUUAAUAAACAUGAUAAUCAUUCCUAAAAUAUUUAUUUUAAUACAAAAUUUUAAUGCAAAAAUUUAAAAUGAAAUUUCUUGGAAAAAAUAAGAUUUCCACAGAAUAAUUUUUUGAUUUUAUAAUUUAUUCAUUAAGAUAAAUCGAUUAUAAUAUAUCGCAUUUUGUGUCUUGAGACUAUAUAAUUAUUAGGAUUACAUCUUAUAAUGAAUUAAAAAAAAAAAAAAAAAAAAAAAAAAAUGAUUCAAAUUUAGAAAAAUUAUAGAAUCAGAUAACACUCUCUGUGUUGGAAGAGAUUUGCUUUUGCUGGACUUACUCAGUGUUCCUCAUAAUGAAUUUCUCAUUAUGAGGAUUCAUGAAAUAUCAUCUCGAGUUCUGAUCCAACUUUUGUGACUUCUUUAAUCAAAUGGCAAUUAUUAGAUAAAAAUUUUCUCAUCAUUUAACACGAUGUCAGGUCAGAGUGGAGGGUAUCGUUUACGGCUAUCUAAACUCAACGAUCAACUGACAUGUAAAUUAUGCGGUGGAUAUUUCAUUGAUGCAACUACCAUUAUAGAGUGUUUACAUUCGUUUUGCAGGAGCUGCAUCGUCAAGUAUUUGGAGAACAAUAAAUAUUGUCCAAUAUGUGAGGUACAGGUGCAUAAAAGUAAACCAUUACUCAAUAUUCGUCCAGACCAUACUUUGCAGGACAUUGUGUAUAAAUUGGUACCUGGAUGUUACCAAAAUGAAAUGAGAUGUAGAAGAGAGUUUUACUCGAAACAUCCUGAAGCAUGUACUCAAGCAACAUCUCCAGAGGCAAGAGGAGAACCAAUUGAAUCACAUAUAUAUUCUCCAGAUGAAUCUCUUAGUUUAUCAUUAGAAUACUUUAGUCCUUCCAAGGAUGUUAAAGGAAUAGCUGUAAAACCUUUGUUAAGGCGGUAUCUACGUUGUCCUGCUGCAGUAACUAUUUUUCAUUUACAAAAACUUAUACGAGCUAAGUAUGGCUUAACUGAUGCACAUCGAGUGGAUAUUAUGUAUAAAGAGGAACCAUUAUGUAGUAAUUAUACAUUGAUGGAUGUGAUGUAUAUUUAUCAUUGGAGGCGAAAAGUGCCAUUGCAUUUAAGUUACAGAAUAUUUGAAUCUUCUCCAAAACGAAUAAAACUUUCAGAAGACAAUGUCAAUUACAAAACUUCUUUAUUCCAUGCUGGAAUUGAUUCUAUUGAAUCAAAAGAAGAAAAAUCAACAAAAAGGGAAUGGAAAGAAGUACAGUUAAAAAUUUCUGAAACUGGUAUAAUGAGUAUUACAGAUAUAACGGACCAACAAUUUAAAAAGAAUACAAGAAUUGAAGAACCUAUUACUAGUGUUGAAAUAAAUACAUCAAUAAUUGAAGAAAAUGGUGAUAGAAAUAAAAUAUCUGAACUCAGUAAAGAAAAUAAACACUCUUCAGAUAAUCAAGAUAUUAAUGAAUCUGAUAUUUCUUUCAAAUUAAAUGAAUUUGAUGACCAAAACAGCUUUAAUCAAAUAGAAUCUGUAAAGACGUCGACAAAAGAAAUAGAAAAUAUGAUAAAUUCUAAACAUGAAGAAGAAUCGAAAAAUCAAUCGAAUAAUAAUAAUAUCGAAGAUCAAAUAAUUUUGCAAAAAAAUCAUUCGCAAGAAACGACACAAUAUAUAAAUGAACAUGAAAUUAAAAAUAAUAAUAUUGAAAAUAAAGAUCAAAAAGAAUCAUCAAAAAAUAAUAAUAAUAUUCUUACAGAAAAAGUAGAAACUUCUAAGCAAAAUUCAAGAAGUGAAGUAAAAUUUGUAAAUACGGGAUCAAAAAUCAAUGCUUUAAGUGUAAAAUUGCAAUUUCAACCGAAAAGUGGACAAAUUAGCAGUAGUAAUGCUUCUUCAAAGAAAAUUACAAAAGAUAAAAAAAUUAUAUCACAAUUGUCUAAAAAGACAGACAUAAAAAUUAUAGAAAAUUUAAAAACUACAGAAUUAAAAAAUUCUUUUGAUACUUCAAAAGAACAAGUUAUGACAAAUAAUUGUGAAGUUACAAUAAAUAAAUCAUUAGUUUCAUAUUGUACUAAAAUCAUAUCACAAAAACCAGUAUCUGAAUUACAGGAUAGCGUAGAACCUAUUUUAUCAACUUGUUUAAAUACCUCAAUUAAUCCUGAAAUAAAAGAAACAGAAACAAACAUAAAAAAUGUGCAAUCAAUUGACCAAAAGGAAGAACAUUCUCAAGGAGAAAAUACUUUAGAAAAAAAACCAAGUAUAUCAGAUCAAAAUUUAACUGAAUCUUGUCAAAAAACAAAUGAACAAACAAAUACUCUUCCUCAAAAAUCACCAUAUACACAGAUUGAACCAUUACCAAAUAAUAAUUCUGCAUCUUUAAAUCUUUCAACAUCUCUAUCUAUAUCUGCUGGUAAUGGAGUUAAUUCAGUUUCUACAUCAACGAUAAGUCAAUCUUCGUCUACAUUUCCUUAUACAGUUCAGGAUUUAGUAAAUAGUACAAUGUUAAAACAUUCUUUCAAAAAUUUAACGGCAUCAACAACUCAAAAAUUAUCUGCUACAGUUUCUACAAAUGAAGUAUCUACAUCUUCAGUAUCUACAUCAGAAAGUCCUCCAGCAUUUGCUGUACCUUCUCUGAAUGUCUCUUCUACUUUAAAAAAUAAUUAUCCAAGUACAAGUACAAGUACUUCAAAAGAAUCCAUUACAAAAGCAAAUUUAGAAAUAUCUAAUACAUAUUCAGUGCCUCCUUGCCCUGAUGCUAUUCCAAUUUCUUUAAUGAAACCAACAAUACGUAAAAAUGAAUUAAUUACGAAAGGUUCUAAUUUAAAUGAAAUUUGUGCAAAAAUUGGAGCUUCAGGCUCAAAAAUUAAUGAUAUUUGUGCUAAAAUUGGAGAAAAUUCUAAAGAAAAAAACAAAACAGAAACAAAAAAUAAAUCUGAUAUUCCAGAUUUAUUAAAAAUUGGUAGAAAAAAUGGUUCACCUGCAAUUACUAUUGAUUCUACUAAUAAGCAUCAGCAACAUACAAAUAUUCCAAAUGUACCCAUUUAUUCACCUAGUAGCAAUGCAAUCACAACAGAAAGUAAAAAUAUUUAUUCAAAUGUAAAGGAUAGUGUUAGAGCUACUUCAUCAGUAACUACUUCUUUAAUAGUAACAUCGCAUUCUUUACAAAAAGUUCUUUCUGUUUCGAAAAAGCAAAGUCAAGCAAUGGGUUAUAAGACUCUUCGUGAUCCUCCAAGAUGCUGGAAUCCUACACUUUCCAAAAACAAUUAUGUAGCAGUUAAAAAUCAAAGUAAAGAAACGCAAAAUCAAUUACAUCAAACUGUACUUUUUGAAAGAAGUAAAACAAUUCAAUCUAAACCUGCUAAGAUUUUUAAAAGAAACAUGUUAAGAUAUUUAGGUAAUCCUGCUUCUGGAGUAAAACCAAUAUAUGGUAUUGGUAAUGAAUGUAAAGAAAAAGAACAAUCAACAAUGACAUCAACAACAACUACAAAUACAUCUAGUAAUUCCAAAAAUGGAAAUUUGAGUAUGAUGAAAAUAGAUCCUAAAACUUUAUCUCCAAUUGUUUCAACAGUUAAUUCACCUAUUGUUUCACCACCUCCAUAUUCUCCUAGUGCAAGGAAUUAUUCAAAUCCUCCAUUCUCAAGAGAUAUUUGUAGAAGUACUGGUUCAUCAAUAUCUCCUAAAAAUUCUCCAGUAAAUAUGCUUUCUACGAGUCCUUUUAUACCUUCUCCAACACCAAAUAUGAAUCCCGGAUUAAUUUAUCCUCAUUUUCCACCACCAUUUCCAGAUACUAAUAGAUUUCCAAAUCCCUUAAUACGUUCACCAAUAGGAAUUCCAUCUCCUAGUGCCUUCCAUAGUAAUUUACCUCCUUCAAUUAAUAAAUUAUAUCAACGAUCUAGUUAUAUUCCACAAACUACUGGUUUUUCUCCUGUUUCACAACCUCCAACAGUUCAGAGAAUACCACCAAGCACUUAUUCUUCACCCAAAUCACCUAAAACUACCUCUUUAACAGCAAUUUCUCCUGCAUCAUACAACUUGGUCAAAUCUGAAACACAAACAAUUGCAACAUCUCUUGAGACUAAUAAUCUGCUUCUUCCAGAAAAUACAUCACAGGAAGAUGUCAGUGCAUUUAAUUUGUCUAAGACUGGAAAUUUUUGUAAUAUAGAGACUGUUAAAAUACCAACAGAAACAGUUCGAAAUUCUAAAUCAACUUCACUUUCUCCAAGUUCAAGUAUUGGACAGAAUAAAAACACAUUGAUUAUUAAUUCGAAAAAUAAAUUAGAAACAUCUUUACUAGGUACUGGCGAUCAAGAUCAAAAUAAAGAACGAUUGGAAAAAGAAGUUACAAAAUGUAAAGAACAGAAUUUAUAUCUUUCAAAAGGACAAAAUUCAGAAAAAGGUCGAUUGGAUGAAAAUAUUGAUACUGUAAAUACAAAGAAAGAAAAAUCAACUUCUCAAAUUAAUGGAGAUCUCAUAAGUGAAAAUAAAAAUGAAAUAGCAAUUGAUAAGGUUACAGAACAACAAAAUGAAAAAAAUGAAACAAAGACGGUACAAGUAUCGGAAAAAAUUAUUGAAAAAGAAGAAAUAGAAGAACCCAAAAAUGAAAAGUGUGACAAAACCGAGGAACAACAGAACAAUUCUGAGACUCAAAAUAACAAAGCAAAAACAUAAAUUUUGUAUUAAAUAAUUAUAUAUACAAACGUAUAUGUUUUUGCACUAAAAUAUUUGGAUGUUUUAUUUCAGACAAAACAUUUUAUCAAAUUGUAAUUCUUUAUAUUUCCGAUAAAUUUUUCCAUAAUAUUACUACUAUGAAACAAAUUCAAUAAUUAUUACGAUUUUGAAAUCACAAAACAUUAAACAUAUUAAAAUAUUAUGUUUAAUAUAUCGUCAAUAUUAAAUUUUUACUUUGUGAUUAAAAAUUGUAAUAAUUAUAGAAAUACUUCUUUAAUUUGAACAAAAAAAAAUGACUAAAUAUAUUCAAAACUAUAUAUUUCAAUAUAAGGAUUGUAUACAGAUUACAUAGAAAAAGUACUGCGUAUAAAUAUUUAUGUGACAAAAGUUUUUAUAAUAUAAUUUCACGCAGUUUGUUAGUUUAUAUUAUUUAUCAUAUUUUUGAACAGAUUCUAUUAUUAUUUGUUUCUGAAUAUAUCUUAGUCAACUAAAUAUGUAACCAAAGCCUCGAGAAUUAAUCUAAUGUUCUAAGUAGAUUUAGUCAGAAUAAAGUUUUUCGAGAUUGGCUCUUUUUUUGCAUACUCUUUUUUAAAAAAAAAAACAACUAUAGUAAAAUGUCCGAGGCCUUAUCACAAUAAUCUUAUAUGAAAUAAUGUUAGGAAAUCAAGAGCAAGAUCGUUGUUAGAUGAUUUAAAAAAUGAGAAAAAGUAUUACACUAUAAGUGAUUUCUCUCUUUCCAGCUUAAUUAGUUAAUAUUAUCGAUGUGUCGCAUCGCACCGAAUUAUUAAAAUAGCACGCAUGGAUAAAAAGUCCAUUAUUAAUUUUAAUAAGUGCCGGAAAGAAAGAAAGUUAAUGUAUAGAUAAAUUUUUCAUAUUGGACGAUCUUUUUUUCUUUUUAGAUACAUUUACUUGUAAAUAGUGUAUAAUGAUUCGAAAAAGUCUAUAUCAUAUAUUAGAUAUAAAAAAAUUAUCAAUUAUUAAUAUAAUUUAACACACAUAUUUUUAGGAAUUAAGGAGCGUAACGAAUAGUAUUUUUUGUCUAAUAUGAGAAAGCAAUUUUAGAAAGAUGCCUGAUUGUAGAGCAAAAAACAACGUAUUUUUAAUAAGUUAUUAGUUGUGUGCGCGCGCGACUCUUUUGUAUACAAGGUGUACCUGAAUGAGUGAGCGAGUGAAAAAUGUAUGUGUAUAAUCUUUGUGUAAAGAAAAUUUCAAUAUCGUUUAAAUCAAAAUGAUUUAAACGAAGUUUUCGAGAUUUGUUUUAUUUAUAAAAACGUUGAUCGUCGUUUGUUUUGAAAUUUAUGUACGUGUUCUACGUAUGUUGUGUGCACGCGCGCAUACUCUUUACGCGCGCGCGGUAUCAAUACAGUAAUAAUACUACAUGAAGUAGAGAAUGUUCUUUUAAUUAUAAAAAUAUAGUUGAUUAUACUUUA